AGAAAAAAAACAGCCUGGAAAAGAACUUUAUCAAGAGUGACGUCUUUGUCACGUGACUGUAUGGGCGUAUUUAAGCUCCUGGCGCGGGAGCCACACAGGAAAGAAUAUUCAACCUUUGUAACGUCUCGGCUUUCGCUUAACAUAUCCUGUAAGAAAAUGAGUCUCAGUGGUAAACUAAAGCACAGCCAGCAGAAGUCAAAUGAGAACAUCAUGAGUUUUUUUGCACCACCUCAAAAGGCAGUGGGAGCCCCCAGGCAAACCCUGCAGGUCCUCCAGGCCUCCGCUGUCAACAAAGAUAUGGGAAGGUCAGCUCAGGCAGGAAAAGUCAUUCCCAAGCGGAAACAGUGGAGUGGAGAACAAACUAGAGGUCCAAAGAGGGUGAAGGUAGAAGUCAAGUCCACACAAACGGAAGAAUCUCAGUGUCUGACAGAUGGCAUGUCCAGUGAAGCAUAUGAGCUUAUGGUCAAAGAAAUGCCUCCUUCCACCUACUGGAAAGAGGUCGCUGAGGAGCGCCGGAAGGCCUUGUACAAUGUUCUACAGGAGAACGAGAAGUUGCACAAAGACAUUGAGACUAAAGAUGAACAGAUAACGCAACUGAAGAGUGACAACGAAGAGCUACAAGAGCUGGCACAACAUGUACAGUACAUGGCUGACAUGAUUGAGAGGCUGACCGGGAAGUCCCCAGACAAUCUAGAGGAAUUAAAAGACAUUGCCCUUGACGUGGAUGACGAUGAAGAAGUUGAAGAGCAAAGCGAAGAUGAAUAUUGUGAUUACAGUCUGAGUGAAGACGAGGAAGAAAAGGAAUCAGAAGAGCAGGAUUAACUGACGCCUCUCAGGUCAAGGGACAUUGUCUGAAUACAGGUCAUCAGAUUUGAUUCAGAGCAAACCAAUGCAGGAACAGUUGACUGAAUGUUCAGACUGCAGUGUUCAGUGUGUAAACUUUUAUGGUUUUAGUUUUUAAAAUUUGUAUUUUUUGUAAGACCUUUUUUGACUGUCGGUAAAGCGCAAUUGAAAUGAAGCGUGAUGUGAGUUGACGACAAUUUAGAACCCAAAGUUCACCUGAAGUAUUUAUUUGUUUUCCAAUUGUUGUGGUUAAAAAACAAACAAAUCCUAGAUACUCAACUAGUACAUUUUCCAUUAGCCUCGCAAUACAAAAUUCGGUACGUUUUAAGAUCAGUGCCAGUAGUAAUGCCUGUGCUUUUUCUUUGGUUAAAUGUCUACUCUGUAAAGGCUCAUUGUGGUAAUUGUGCCUGUGUCUUGGUUUACACUGUAAAAAUUGAAUUGUGCAAUGUAGCAGCACACAGCUCUGUACAUAAAGCUUGUGUAAAAUAAACACUUAAGAUACAA